GCCCGACGCGCGCCCCUCGGCCCCAGCUGGGGCCGGCGCCCGCCCGCCCCGUCCCGCGCGCUCCUGGUGCGGAAACGCCCCCACCCGCGCGCCCUGCUCCCCGGGGCCGCGCCGUCGACCGUGGGGCGGUGCGGGAGUUGCCCUGCGCGCCCGCUCGCGGCGCUGUCCCGGGGUCCCCCCGCAGCCACAAAGGCGCGUGCUUGGUCAGGGGUUCGGGUACGCCCUGCGCUCCCGCAACCCCAAAGGGUUGGAGCCGGCGGCCAGUGGCCGAUGGGCGUGGACAAACCAUCGGGGAGGAAAGGAUGCAGGCGCUUAAGGAGUUCACAAUUCCAAAGGCAGCUGGGGCGCCGAGGGUACUUCCGCGCGGAGUCCUGCGUUCUGCUGUCCUGCUCGUCCCCGUCAUCUACUCUUUCUUCACCGGCUAAUGGAAACCAACUGCCCGUGUGUCUUUUGCCGCGGCUGGAAGCCAGGAGGGCGACAGCGUGCCUGGCCGGCACCCAGGUGCACAGGCUAGAGAACUUGAGAGUGGAGCCUCCGGAUCACUUUGAGAUGGUGACCAGCGUAAGCAGGACACCAUCGCGCUCGUGGCCGCGGGGUGCUGGCGCGCUCUGCACUGCCCCCUGCUCUCUGACCCACGGAAGAGGCCCCAGACAACCUCCAGAAUCCACUGGAUCGGCACCUCCUCCCGAGUUCAUUCCUCCAGCGCUGCUUCGCCCAAGCUGGCUCCUGGCCCCUGAACACUCAAGAUCGUUUGGGGUCAAAGGAAGAGACCUGGCGAUCAGGUUGGAGGAGAAAGGUAAAUUGAUCAGAAAGAAGGUCAGCACCUUGCCAGAGGUCAUGUGGGGAUUGGCAGAGCCUGGAGUGAGUCCCAACAGUCUGCCCAUUCCUCAGCUUCCCAGCCCCAGCAAGAGCACCUAGAGCACCGUGCUCCCACAUCCCCUCCUGAGCUCCCUGGAAGGUUCUUGGCAGAGAAAGGAAGCCCGGGGCUUCUUGAUGAUCAUGAGUGUCCCCAGUGGAGACCUGCCUGCCACUGCUUUCAGCGGGAGCUCGCAGCACCUGCCGUGGAUGGGCUUGUGCUGUCAGCACCAUGGCCUGUCUGUGACCAGGACCCCUAGCAGCCUGCAGCAGAGUGCAUCCACAGCCCGUGAGGAGCGUCCACCUGCAGCGGAGAUGAACUGCACGCACUUGCUCUCGCUGAGGGGGUCUGAGGCGCACCCCUCUGGACUCCAGUGGUGUCCCGGACAGCAGAAGCCAGCCUGGCUCCAACAGCUGUGGUGAGGGAGAGAAGCAGGCUGGGGUGUUGGUUCUCCCCCGGGCGGAGCCAGCUGAGGUCCCACAUUCCCACCCCCAGCUCCUUCUCUGGGAUGGGAGCACUUCGUAAAGCAUUCUCUCCUGCAUAAGCCAUUGGCUUUCCUCACACAUCAAGUCCUGGGGUCCGUCAUAGAAACCCAGGAUGUGGAAGAACCCGAGGGUUGUGUAGACCCACUUCCUGCCAUGCCCGAGUCAUGACAAAGUGUUUGCCUCAUCGUUCGCGCCCUGCACAGCCAGGCACCCUUAUCGCGCAGGUGUCCCAUACCCUGGAUGGAGGCCGCUCUGCACGCCAUACCUGUGAGAGCCACACAGCAGUGACGUGGCACCUGGGUUACUACUUAGAAGUUAGAGCUGUGUCCUGCCAGCUAGACAAAAUGAGGCACAAAGCUCACCUCCUUGCCUGUGCUCACCUGGUGGGUGGCGGAGCCGACCCCCUGAGGCAAAGAUCCUGCCACUUAGAAGCCACUCUUGGGUCCUGCCAGCUGCAGCCUGCUCUGCCUCGCCCAAGGUCGCCUGUCCACGUGAUCAAAGGUGGCCUGCUUUGCCGCCCACAGUGCCCACACAGGGAAGGCAAGACUCCAACGAAGGGAACUGAUGAGCAGUCUGUCAUCGUGCAUGACAGCCAUGCAGGACCUGGGUCCCCUCUGUGAGCCUGGACUCUGAGGGAUUCUGCUCAGCUCUGCACUUGGCACCUGCAGGUGAAUUGUACGAGGCGUCACCUGUGCCCUGUCCCCUGCAGAGGGUGUUGGGCCCCUGAACCAGGCACUGAUUGAAACUCAAACUAUGCCCCUAGCCUUGGGCUGCAAGUCUGCCCUUCUUAGCUGUAGGCCCCAGAUGAUCUCAUGUCAUGGAGGGCCUGCCCAUGCCUGCAGGUAGAGAUGGGGUCUAUCCUGUGUGGACUGAAGCUGGAGGAGCUGCAGGAGGAGGAGGCUGGGAGAGGGGAGGUGGUGACCGCAGCCCUUGGAGGUAUCCACAGGCGCCCACUAUGCUGGGCUCCGCUCAGCCCUGUCCAGAGAUGGACUGCAGGCCUCUCUUCAGAAAGACCUGGAGCAGCAGAGAAAAUGACUCCAGCAGGCUCCGCUCGGCUCCUAUGCUGCCUGCGGCUGGGCUUCCUCAAGCACAAGGAAUUUCCCAUGCUCAAGCCCUAGCCGCUGCCCAGGUUACCCCCAGCAACUGCUCUGGCAUCCAGGCCUGCAGGGGACAUCUCGGAGCCCUUGGGCUUGGAACAACUGGCAGCCGGCUGCCAUCUGCUGGUCACAGGUUGUAGCAGCGCCCCGUGAGGCUGAGCGCCCAGGCUCCAGGGUUACCAGGGCCAGGCCAGUCAGGAAUGAGGCUCAGGAGCAGGGCCAGUACCCUGCAGCCACCCGCUUAGCUGGUGCUGUGAUGUGGCUUGGGAGGUGAGAUGACCACACGCCUCCGCUGAGUCAACAAGACCUUGUCCAGGGUCACCCUGAGCAUCUGGUUCCUUACCACCUUUGUGCGGCUUUGUGGACUAUAUCCACGGACUUCCUUAACCCUGCAAGUAGGACGGGGAUGCCUACUUAUCUCAUGUGCCAAAGAGUAAAUGAAAAAUAUCAGAGACGGUCCUUCCCGCAGGGCCUGGCUUGUUUGACUGUUUGUACUGUUCUCUGGUAAGUCCUGACUAGAAGGCUAGUGCGUCUCACCUCCCCUCUGAUCUCUGGGUGGCCACCAUCCUUCAAGCAGCACCCCUUUGUGGACCGGACCAUCACAAACACCAGUGUUCUGGAGUUAUGUCUCCAUUAGAUUUUCUUGGAGACAUUUGUGGACACAUAAGGUUUUUUUUUUUUUUUUAAUUAGGAUUAAGAGCUGUGACACUUGCACUUUAAUUUGGAUUCUCCAGUUCAGUCUUGGUCAAAAGAACCCAGGGUUUGGGUUCAGGGCAAUGCGGUGAUGAAGGGGAAGAGGUCAGCCCAAGAAAAUGGGGGACAGGAGAGUGGGAGGGCCCCUAAGUCCCAUCCUCCUGUCCAGGCUGAGGCCUCACCGCCAGCAAGAACUGGAAGCUCCUCUGGGUACCGCAAAGACCAAGGGACGUCGCAGCUGGCUGCACCAUCUGGGCCUUUGGCCCAUGUGGCAGAGGCAUCUAUGAAGUUCGCCAGCGGGCGCUAACCUCCGAGGCCGCCCUGCAGAGGAGGCGCAAACACAAAACAGGGGCUGGAGUCUAGGCCACGCUGCCCCAUGCCGCCCCACUUCCUCGGCAGCUGACCCACUCUGCAAUGGGACUCUGACCCAAGUGCUUCUCCCGAUGGCCAUGGACAUAAGCCUGGAACUUAGCACAAACACUGAGUAGCAGGCUCAGAACCCAAAGACUCAUCGGCAAAAGGCACACACAGCAGUGAGAGAGCACUGUAUAAAUCCCUCAGGCUAGCGGAGCUGAAAAAGAUCAGCGGAUACUGCGAAAUGGGACGAGACUGUCAAAGUGAAAGAGGAACGGAUGGCGGAAAGGAAAAUAUAUAUAUAUAUAUUUAUAUAAGUGUACAAGAUAGUGAAGAUAGUUACACUAAUUUCUAUUACUUCAUCGAAAGGAAAGGUUUGUGCUUAUAUUGUUCGAUCCAUUUUUCAUGCCCACAGCUGAGCAGCUGCUUUGAAAACAUCAAUGCACAGUGCAUUAACCGUGCUGCUGUCCUAGUGUUUAGAGCUUUGUAUCAUCACUUUUCUUUUUUCCUCUUAAAAAAAAAAGCUGAAAAAGAUAAACUCCAUUAUGGAGUAGGGUAUGAGAAAUGGGCGCUUCCGUAUGGUCGGCAGGAAAGCAAAUUUACAGAGAUGUUUUCCAGGAGCAGUUCGACAGCAUCAGCAUUUUAAAGAAGAAAAUCUUUUGUCCUGGCACCUUUGCGUGUAAAAAUGUAAUUUAAUUUAUGUAUAUGCUUGUAUCAGUGGUGAUAAGUAUAUAAGGAUUAAAAACAAAAUCUUGAGGUUCUGGCA